AUGAUCUUUUCUUUGGCCUCGUUCUUUGUCUGUGCACUUCUGUACAACGGCUUUGUGACAGCCGAAUGGACAUGGACAAACGUCAAGGACACGCCGGUCUCCACAGCCCAGCUAGCGAUGAUUGAUCCUGUCUUUUGGCUGGUUCAAUUGCUAUCGAUCGUCCUAUGCCUCAUUCCACGUUUCACCCUUAUGACGAUCGUGAAUUCAAUUCGUCCCUCUCGAGUGUUGAAACGUAGACAGCUAAACGCCGUAGACAACAAGCCACAACCUUUCACUCCUUUCUCUUGCUGCAUGCGGGUACUAUGCAACGAAGAAGUGCGUGUACAUAAUGUAAGUUCACACCCAACGCAGUUAUUCCUGGUUUCUCCAAAAGUAAUGUCCAAUUGA